AUGAAUACUAAAGUCGUUCAACCUGAACCUCAAGAACCUAAACAAGAAUCAAGUGAUCCUUCUACUUCUGAAGAAACUAUUUUAGAUCAGCCUGUUCAAUUAAAAUCAUUUACUACUGAAACUCAACAACUACUUGAACAUCCUAAAAAAGAUGUUUGGUAUAAAGAUGUUAAUGUUUAUAAAUUAUUGUUUUUAUUAAUUGUUAAUCUCUUAUUCUUCCUUUGUGAAUUAAUUACAGGUAUUGUUAUUCAUUCAUUAGCUCUUCUUGCUGAUGCUUUUCAUAUGUUAAGUGAUCUUUUAUCACAAGUAAUUGGUCUUGGUGCUAUUUUAUUAGCAAAAAAGAAAGCUUCUAAACGUUUAACUUAUGGUUUUGUUCGUGCUGAAGUUGUUGGUGCUCUUAUAAAUGGUGUCUUUUUAUUAUCUGUUGCUUUCUUUAUUAUUAUUGAAGCUAUUCAAAGAUUUAUUGAUAUUGAAGAAAUUACUCAACCAAAAAUUAUGCUUAUUGUUGCUGCUAUUGGUUUAUUCAUUAAUCUUGCUGCUAUGUUAUUAUUCCAUGACCAUCAUGGACAUUCUCAUGGACAUUCUCAUGGACACUCACAUGGACAUUCACAUAAACAUUCUCAUGAAGGGUAUCAAAGACAUGAAAGUCAUGAAGAAGAAAUGAAAGAAAAUGAUGUAAAAGAAGUUGCUAUUGAUACUGAAACCAAAAAAGAAGAUAAAAAGAAAAAAGAACAUCAUCACCAUCAAAAUUUAAAUAUGAAAGGAGUUUUCUUACAUGUUAUGGGAGAUGCUUUAGGAAGUAUUGUUGCAGUUGCAGUUGCUCUUUGUGUUUGGUUCAUUGAUGGAGAUUGGAAAUAUUAUCUUGAUCCAUCAUUAUCAGUAAUUGUUGCAUGUGUUAUUAUAUGUUCAGGAACACCAUUAGUAUAUUCUUGUGUUAAAAUUUUAAUGCAACGAGUUCCACAAAAUGUUUCAAUAAAAAAAUUAAAAAGAGAUAUUUUAGCUGUUAAUGGUGUUGAUUCAAUUCAUGAAUUUCAUUUAUGGCAGUUAGCCAAUGAAACAAAUAUUGCUACAAUCCAUUUAUUCUUAAAUGAAGAUGAUCGUUGUCGUGUUAUGGAAAUUGUUCAAGACGUUAAAAAUGUAUUCCAUAAAUAUGGAGUUCAUUCAACAACUAUUCAAACAGAAUUAGGUGUUAUUGGAGAAGAAAAUGGACAUGAUUCUGUUGGAGUUUCAAGAAGAUGUUUGAUUGGUUGUCCAAGUGAUGAAUGUAAAAAUGAUGUUUGUUGUAAACAACCAUUAAUUGAACAGAAAUAA